AUGUCUCUCACGCUCAAGGUUACAUCACUGUUCGUCCGGACUCUCGCAAAGCCCGUAGCAAACGCUAUCAAGCGCAAUGCCCACGAACACGACCGAUUCCGUCGAAUAUGCGUCAAAUUCGCCCAAGGUCUACAUCGCGUCGAUAUGCGCAUGCGCCUCGGCCUCCUGCAGGACCCUGCUGUUAUAGACAGGCAAAUCAAGAAAGAAGUCGCGCUGGCAGAAGCUGCGCGGAAAAAGGCAGCGGCCCCCACGGUCCUUACCGAAGAGGAGAUGAAAGCAGAAGAAGCUCUCACCGAGAAGGAACGAGACGCAAUCAAGAAGAAAGCAGAAGAGAGGAUCAAGCCGCGUAUACGACCUUUGUCUGAACAAAAGGCUAUCGAGAUGGGCGCCAACUUCGCCGCUGAAACCUUCAUAUUUGCUGUGGGUAUUGCUGUGAUCCUUGUUGAGCAGUGGCGGCAAAGAAGAAAGGCUCGGAAUGCUAGGGACGAUAUAAGAGAAGAUUUGGAGGAGGUGCAGGCUGAGCUCAAGGCAGUCAAGGCAGAGUUUGAGGAGUUCAAGGCGAAACACCCAGAGCCCGCAUCGUCAAAACUACUGGGGUUCUGGAAGGGCAGUGGGAAGAAGGAAGACAAGAAGACUGAAGUUGUGAGCGCCGAGGCGAAGCCGGCAUCCGUUGAGACCCAGACCAAUGCUGCGCAAACGGAAGAUGCGACGCCUAUGGCGCACGGGCAGCAUCCAGUCGGUAAACCAUCUCAGCACAAGGAUUUGGGAAUGUACAUCCGGGAAGGCUGA